CUAGUUCCAAAGUAUCUUUUGUUUUGGGUAAACUGCUUUAUCACCCUUCACUAAAAGCUUGAUUUAAAUAAUUUUAUCGAUUUAUACAAAAGAAAGGAUUCUUGCCAUGAAUUUCUAACAAACAUUGGGGUUAGCGCCGGAAGCCGAAAUGAACCGUAUCCUAGCUUCCGUUGGAAGCUUUAAACAAAAACUACUACCGCUAGUGGUGCAUCCUUGCUAUUUGAGUACCAGCAACCCGAAACUACCGGUACCGGGAGCGGACACAAUUUUCGAUAAAAUCAUUCAGAAGCAAAUUCCGGCAGACAUCAUCUACGAGGACAGCGAAUGUUUGGCCUUCAACGAUGUUUCACCCCAAGGUCCGGUCCAUUUCUUGGUGAUACCGAAACGACGCAUUCCAAAACUGGAAGAUGGAACCGAAGCAGACGUGACUACGUUUGGCCAUCUAAUGCGUAUCGCUGGACAGUUAGGCAAGGACAGAGCUCCACAGGGUUUCCGGCUGGUAGUUAACAAUGGCGAGCACGGCUGUCAAUCUGUUUACCAUCUGCAUCUGCAUGUGAUCGGCGGUAGACAAUUGGGAUGGCCUCCAGGGUAAAGAAAAAACAUUUCAAUUCGCCAAAGUAGCUGAAUUUAUUAGAAUCUAUAACUACUAUUUUAAUAAAAUUAUUCUAUCUUUCACCAUGCA